ACAGCGCGAAUACAGAGGCAGCAUUUGGAGCAGGUUCACCGAGCGCACUGAAGUGGACACUACAAGCAGCUAGCGCACAUCGCUCAGUAAAGAAAACAGAUGCGCGUGUUUUUAUAAAGAAAAUAGUCUAGGCUAUUUGAGAUUCCAUUCACUGUAACGAAUUGUUUGGGAUGGCUUGUCUCAUGGCAGCCUUCUCAGUUAAUAAUACAAUUGUCACCAACUCCAUCAUAAUGAAUGCCAAUGGUCCCCCGGAUCUGAUGCUAGACCCCAGGACUGUGUGUGUUUCCAUCGAUGAGGUGGUCAACAACCACAUGGGCAGUCAACAGAUUCCUUUGUUGCAAGGGCACCUAAAGAAAGUGGAGAACAAUCUGACUGAGGCCCAGCGUUUUUCUUAUUUACCUCGGAGACCAGCUGUCAACAUUGAAUUCAAAGACGUAUCUUAUUCAGUUCCCGAGGGGCCAUGGUGGAGAAAGAAAGGUUACAAGACACUGUUGAAGGGGAUUUCUGGGAAGUUUACCAGCGGAGGCCUGGUGGCCAUCAUGGGUCCCUCAGGAGCCGGGAAGUCUACACUGAUGAACAUACUGGCCGGAUACAGGGAGACUGGUAUGAAAGGUGAGAUACGGAUUAACAACCAGCCAAGGGACUUGCGCUCUUUCCGGAAGGUGUCCUGCUACAUCAUGCAGGACGACAUGCUUCUCCCUCACCUGACAGUAAACGAGGCCAUGAUGGUGUCAGCUAAUCUCAAGCUGCAGGAAAAGGAGGAGGGCAGGAGAGAGAUGGUGCGAGAGAUCCUGACUGCCCUGGGCCUACUGGAGUGUGCAAAAACACGUACAUCCCACCUCUCUGGAGGCCAGAGGAAAAGACUAGCCAUCGCCCUGGAGCUCGUCAACAACCCCCCUGUCAUGUUCUUUGACGAGCCCACCAGCGGGCUGGACAGCUCCUCCUGCUUCCAGGUGGUGUCCCUGCUCAAGGCUCUGGCACUGGGAGGACGCACCAUCAUCUGCACCAUCCACCAGCCCAGCGCCAAGCUCUUUGAACUCUUUGAUAAGCUGUAUGUUCUGAGCCAUGGUCAGUGCAUCUACAGAGGGAAAGUGUCCAACCUAGUUCCUUACCUCAGAGAACUUGGCCUCAACUGUCCCACUUAUCAUAACCCAGCAGACUUUGUGAUGGAGGUUGCGUCUGGGGAGUACGGGGACCAGACAGCCCGUCUGGUGAAAUCCCUGCAGGACAGGAAGUGUGAGAAGGACUACAAUACAGAACUCAACGGGGAUGGAACACACAACCCCUUCCUGUGGCACAAACCUGCAGAGGAGGACUCCACAUCUACAGAGGGCUGCCACAGCUUCUCUGCCAGCUGCAUGACUCAGUUCUGCAUCCUCUUCAAAAGGACCUUCCUCAGCAUCCUGAGGGAUUCUGUGCUGACUCACUUGCGUAUCAUGUCGCACAUCGGUAUUGGAAUCCUGAUAGGACUUCUCUACCUGGGCAUUGGCAACGAGGCUAAAAAGGUUCUCAGUAACUCAGGAUUCCUCUUCUUCUCCAUGCUCUUCCUCAUGUUUGCCGCUCUCAUGCCCACUGUGCUGACAUUCCCUCUGGAGAUGGGUGUGUUCCUUAGAGAACAUCUGAACUACUGGUACAGUCUGAAGGCGUACUAUCUGGCCAAGACCAUGGCUGAUGUGCCCUUUCAGAUUGUGUUCCCAGUGGCCUACUGCAGCAUCGUCUACUGGAUGACCUCACAGCCCUCAGAUGCAGUUCGCUUCAUCCUCUUCCUGGCCCUAGGGGUGCUAACCUCCCUGGUGGCCCAGUCUCUGGGUCUGCUGAUUGGAGCAGCAUCCACCUCUCUGCAGGUUGCCACGUUUGUGGGUCCUGUGACUGCUAUUCCUGUCCUACUCUUCUCCGGCUUCUUUGUCAGUUUCGACACCAUUCCCAAAUACCUUCAGUGGAUGUCGUACAUAUCAUAUGUCAGGUACGGUUUCGAGGGCGUCAUCCUCUCCAUCUACGGGUUGGACCGAGAGGACCUCCACUGCGACAAAGACGAAACCUGCCACUUCCAAAAGUCAGAAGCCAUCCUAAGAGAACUGGAUGUGGAAGAUGCCAAACUGUAUCUGGACUUCAUAGUUCUCGGCAUCUUCUUCGUGUCUCUCCGACUCAUCGCUUACUUUGUCCUGCGCUAUAAGAUCAGUGCAGAGAGAUAGACUGAGGGGAAGGGACAGGAACCGGCACAGAUCACGGAUAGGGUGCUGCCGGGCUCAGGCACACCUUCAGAAGACUGUCCUUCCGUCACUCCUCCAAGCAGCAGCACCAGGCCUGCUCCACACAUGCCAAACACUUGGUCCGCAUCUUUCCACGUAUGAGUGUGCGCAACUGAAUUUAGUUUUGUUGUUUAAAAGAAAAAAUAAA